GGAUGCUGUUCUACGUUGGUCCUUACGGCUUGCCGUCGGUUCUUAUUCUGGGCCGCUGAGAACCGGCUAGCUUUUGAGAGUCGGUAAAAGAGAGCUAACAUGGCUGUGACGAAUGAGCCGGACGCGUUUGAUGCUAUCGUUAUGGCGGAGGCCAGAUUUCAUGGUGAGGGCUACCAAGAAGGCUAUGUUGAAGGAACUCAUGCUGGUGCUAUGGAAGGAAGACAAUAUGGAAUACAACAAGGUGCCAAAGUUGGCAUAGAAAUUGGAUCAUACCUUGGUUUUUCAAUGACAUGGCUAAGAUUGCUUCAUAAACACUCAGAUGAUAAACAAAGUAAAAAAAUUAAGGUGCUAGAGUCAUUAAUAGAGAUGAUCCAGAAAUUUCCUCAUCAGGACCCAACUUAUGGCAAACUUCAAGAAGACCUGGAAAGAAUCAGAGGAAGAUUUAAACAGGUUUGCUCACUGCUGCAUAUACCAUCUGAUUUCAGACUUAGUAGGGAAGGAUCUGCACUCUCAUUUUGAAAUCAGCAUGACUGGAGAAGAAAUCUUUAUCUGGAUUUUAAAACUGGCUAAGUCCUCUUAAAAAGGGCAACGUCCGAAACAGGAUUUUGCUGCAUAAGAGAAAAACUGAUUUUUUUUCUGCAGUGGAGACAAUAGAAGGCUACUUUUGGGAUCUCAUUCUUUUCCUGUUUGAAUUGUAAUGCCACUGUAUGUUCCUGCUUAACAACUUAAUUAACAAUUUAAUUUUGAAAA